UGUUCGUAGUAGAAAGCGCAACAACGACAUAGACUCAAUUUUUUCUUUGGACUUUUCCUGUGUGCCGAGGUUUUUCGAAAAGAAGCUUGAUUGGUUACGACAGGUGCCCCAAGAAAUUAUAAUCAAAUAUGUAAAAUUUAUAUUUUUAUACACAUAUCAGAGAAAAAGAAUGAAAUUACUGUAUGCCAUAUUUGCCCUUCUUGGAUUUACAUCCCCUGUUUUUGGACAGCAAUACACAUCAAAUUUAAAUUUAACUUAUGAAGAAAAUGCAGUUAUAACUGUUGGAAGUCAAGUUAUAAAUCUAAAUGACACCUAUUAUGUGAACUCAGCAGCAUUGGAUCCUGCCUAUAUAAAUACAAAUGAUUACGUGAGGUAUCCUUCCUUAAUUACCGCCAAUGGCCAUCACAUGGAGAUCAUUGGACUUAAUGACUCAUCUGGUAUCUACCCUGCAUCAACAAUUAUUGUUGAAAAAGUCAUUGAGAUGAAUGAUGACACUAUUUCAACUACUCAAACACAAAUGUUAGAAAUAAAAUUGUGGAUAGCCAACAAUGAUUCUACAGAGACUAUUAAUAAUGUGUACAUUGAAGAAGAUUUAACUGAGGGAUUAAAGGCAGAUUAUGGUACAGUUACAAAAGGAGGAACUACUACUGUUGCAAUUACUAAUGGAGAGAGAGAAUUUAAUUAUACUGUCGGAACUUUAGCAGCUAGUACAAGUUCUAGUUUGACGUUCAUUGCUCGGCCUUAUGGAGAUGAUGGGACAGAAUUAGGGGAUGGCAUUACCUAUUAUUACAGCAACCUUUACUUUGAUGCUAAAGAUUUUGGUGGAAUAUAUCGAACUGUUGGACCAGUGCCAAUAUCUGUAUGUGUUGUGAGGGAAAAUAAUGAAAUAUCAAAUCUGUUUUACCAACAUGGAUUUACAGCAUUGGCCUUCUUCACGGCUACCCUCCUUGGAAUUUUAUUAGUUGCUUUGUUUGCUGUGUUGUAUGUUAUCUUCAUUACAAAAAGAAGAAAAUCUGUAGUUGGAAUAGAGGAUCAAGUAAUGAUGGAGAAAGGGAAAAAUAUUAUAUUAAAUCCUGCUGAAGUUAUGAAGACUGGGAACACAAUUCUUGAUUAUAGCUCAACAGCAGCAGAUGAUAGUAUUGUUGGAAUUUUAUCUAUGAAAGACAGACUUAAAAGAUACAGAGAAAUUGAUGGUUUGGAUAUUGUUUCUUCAAUUAAAGUGGACACAGAUAUUGAAACAGAGAGAAAUGACGCUACAGUUCAGGCUACUGUUCUGCUUCUCAAUGGACUUCAUCAGAAUAAAGAUUUAUCAUCAGCCAAUCAACAACAAGUCCAAAAUAACUUUAAGAAGAAGAGAACAAACCUGGACAAGAACUUAGAUGAUGAAUAUAAACGUGAAGUCAAAAAAUUGUACAAGAAACUUGGUGCCAAAAAUAAGGCAAGAAUGUCUCAUUUGCUGCAGAAACAGAAAGACGAGAGGAAGAAGAUUGUUAGUGAGAUGCAUGAUUUAGGGGACAAGGAAAGAAACCAGUUGUUAAAGAUGCUAGAUAAACAACACCAGGCUGAACAGACAGAAGAAACAUAUAAGCUUAAACUAGAACAAGAUGAAGAAACUGAAAAUCUUAGAAAGGAGUUUGGAGCCAGAAAGAGGGUUGGUCUAAAGGAAUUACAACAGGGUAUGCUCACAGAAGCAGGAGAAAUAGGUCUGCUAGAUCAACAGAAAAUGAAUUGGAUGUUGGAAGAACACAGAAAAACACAAGAAAAGUUGGAGAAGACGUAUGAUGAAGAGAUUUCAAGACAGCGCAUGUUACUUGAGGAGAAACUAGAAAGACGAAGAGCUCUUGCCAAAUCAAGUGAGACUCAAGAAGAUGACCAGAGUUACUUACUGAAUACCAUGGCAGGACAUCAACUGACCCUUAUAGAAGAAACGCAAAAAUCCUCUGGAAUGGGGCAUGAUCAAGCUCAAAAAUACAUAGAAGAGGCAAAGGCUGAGUUAAUGGCUUUAAAUGAAAGGAGAGAAAAGGAAAGGGAAAAACAAGAAGAAGCAUUACACAAAAAACUCAGUGCUUUGAAGAAACAACAACUUGAUAAUAAGAGAAAAGAACAGAAAACAAAAAUGGAUGAUUUUGAAGCAAGAACUAUAGGGACCCAGUCUGAAGGGCCUGUUGAUCCAGAAAACUAUUUGACAGAAAAAGCCCAGCUGCAGUCUAAAAAUAGACAAGAAUUAUACAACUUAGAGAAAGAAAUAGACGGACAACAAGCUACAGAACUUGAACAGUUCCGUGAAGAAUCAUUGGAUAAAACUAAAGAGGAACUACAUGUUCAUGAAGAAAAUUUAAUCAAGAAACUAGAACAUGAAGGUAUGGACAGAUCUAGAAUCAACAAAUUAUUGGAUAAACAUGAGAGAGAAGUUGAUAGGUUGGAAACUAAACAGAAAGAACAACAGCAAAUACAAAAACGACAUAUAGAUGAAGUUCUUGCUCAAAGAAGACAGGAGUGGGGGCGAAAGAAAGAACAGGAGAAAGUUGAACAAGAACAAUUAAGAGAGUAUGAAGCUAAAGUUGUCAACAAAUUGAUUUGUGGUCAAAUGAGCAUUUCUGAUGAAGAGAGAGACAGGAUAAUGAAGGAACAUGAAAAACAAAUGGUUAAACUGGAAAACAGCUUGACUUUGAAUAAACUAAGACAGAAAAGAAUGUUGGAAGAAAAGUUAUCCCAGAAGAAGGCUCAGUUAAUGCAGAACUUACAAGAAAAACAAGUUAUGGAUCGUGAGAAUCUUAGAAGAAAACUGGAACACAAUGCUGAAGAGGAUGAUGAAGAAGGACUGAAGAAGAAAAUGUCUCUAAUGAAAGCUCAGGCUGAUCAUCGUAUGGCAGUAUUACAAGGGAACAGACUCAAUAUGGAUGAUGCUAUGGAUGAGGUGCGAAUAGAAAUGAUGAAAGAACGAGCUCAAGCUCUUAAAGACCAGGAAGAAAGAUUAGGAGCCAUGGUAGCAUCUCUUCAGAUGUCAAAGGCCAAAGAGCUUGCCAAAAUAGAACAGCAACAGAAAGCUAUUAACAAUCUGAAAACUAACUUGCUAGAGGAUUUGAAUUCCAGGGAUUUGUUGAAUGAUACUGAAACACAGAAAAUAAUACAAAGUCACAGACAGGCGCAAGAUGAUCUUAACAAACAAAUGGAAGAACAUAGAGUAAAACAGGAAAAGAUGUUGAAAAAGAAACUAAGAGAUAGACUAGAAUUACGUCAGAAGGCCAUGGAAGAACAGCAGCGAACAGAACUGCAAGAAAUAUUAGUUACCUGUAAAAACAAGACUGCUAUGAGAAUCAGAGAAGCUCUGCUGCUACACAAACAAAUGAUAGCAAUGGAACAGUUUAGGAAUCAGUUAGACAGAGAGAUUGCACAAACCCUUGAGAACGUUAGACAAGAAUAUAAUCUGAAACGCAUGCAGAAAAUGCAAGAACAGGAAUAUGAAUUUAUUGGAGGUUUGGUGAAGUAUAGCAGCUUACAGCAGAGUGAAUGUGUUGCUGUAUUGAAUAUGUUGUUCCCUUCUAAAACAGACGAAGAAAUCAAAAAGAUAAUGGCAACAAUAUAUGGAGAACAAGCACUUGGUCAAAAGGAUAAAGAUAAUGAGAGGAGGAAUAGCUCUCUACUUCGACGUGUUCAAGGAUUAGAGAAGUCUUCUGCACCUUGGGCACAGCUCUCAGACAGCACUGGAAGCCGGAAAUCCCCCAAAAAGAAGGGAAAGAAGAAGAAGAUGAUUGAGGAGGAUGACUACUAUGACAAUGAACAAGAUUUUGGUGGUUAUGGUGAGCGACCGGAGCCACUGGGAGGGCAUUCGGAAAACUAUUAUGAAGAUCAUUCAUUUGACACUCAUCAAAGAUUUCGUAACUAUGAAAAUGACUCUGAUAGGCCAACUUCAAAAUCAAAUAAAAGGCGUUCGUUUGGUGAGGAUAUUCAUUUUGAAUCACCUGUAGCCUCAGCGCCACGUCAACUACCUCCAUUGCCAGCAGAAGCUGGUGGAAGAAAAAAGAAGAAGAAGAAGCUCUUGAAAAAAUUAGCAGAAUCUACCUAUCGUGAUGAGGACAAUUUUUAGAAAUAAAAUAAUACCAGUUCAAAAAUAUUUGUAGAGAUUACAUGAUAAUAGUCCAUAACUAUUUGUAGAACUUUUAGUUGCUACUGAUCAAUAGAGUAGAUUUCACUGAUAGAUAGCAUGAUAUGUUUCUUCUUUCUUUGUUCUGUUUUGAGAAACUAGACUUAAAUUUUUCUGGCUAAUUUCUAUGAAAAAGAAACAUUUAGAAAAAAGAAAAAAAAAUAUAUUUAUUUUUUUACAAUAAUUUUUAAAUUAUUUAGAUAAUUGAAAAUCAUAGCAAUAUUGGUUAUUGUGUCAUUAUUUUUAUUUCUGUGAUAUUCAAGUCUGUGAUUUUGCUCAAUUUAUAAGUCUUUUAUAUUUUAUAUUUUUUCAUUUUGAUUAAUACAUAGGAUUUUGAAGCUUUAAGUUUUAUAUUUCUCAGGCAUUUGUUGAAUUCUUAUCUAAUAUUUCAAUAGCUAUUCACACAGGCACUUGUCUGAGAUAUUUUUUCUAUAUAUACCUUAAUAUAACAGUUAUAGAGAAACAAAAAUCUUAAACAUGUGCCUGUGGCUUUUCUGCAGAAAACGUCAUAUUGAAAUACUAUUUUAGUUUUUUUCAGAGAAAUGUUUGAAGGUAUAUGAUUACUUCUCAUUUUAUUUAUCUCAUAUAUAUGCUGUUUGUGUAGACAUUUCACCUUAAAUGCUAAAAGAGUUUGAUAAAUGCAUGUAAAUGUCUUAGUAUAUUUAUAUUUACUUAUACAUACAAAGUGUUCAGAAGUCAUCUGGGCUCAAAUUAUGUACUAGGCAUUUGCAAAUAAAGUGAACAUUUGAUUUAUCGAUUAGAAAAUAAAUUAAAAUUUGAUUAUUUGAAAAACUGUAGUAAUAUUUUAUAGUACCGUAAUUUGGAAUUAUUUUUAUAUAGUAUUUGCAAUGAAUUUGUAGGGUAAUAAAUAUUCUCUGUCAUAUGUAUGAAAUUGUUCCUUCUCCACAAUAUAUUGUUCUAGUGUCCAGUCAUUGUAAGAAUCUGUACACUUGACCUUGCUGCUAAGUAGUAAGUCAGAAUACUUGUGGUCUUGGGCAUUAGGUUAUUUCGUAUUAAAUAAAUAAAUUUAUUGUUCAUGUUGAACCUUUUAUGGUAAAUUUACUGAUUUAGAAAUACUUGUUAACAUAUUAUACAAGAACUAUUCACUCUUUAGCAGUUUCAAAUUAAAAGCAUAUUUUGUUUAAAAUUGUGGGCAAAAUAGCUCUUUAAAAUAUUAUAUUUGGGAACUCUCAUUUGGGGAAAUUCCCUGCAAAAAGUGACAGUUAACAUUUUCUUUAUUCUUUUUUCAUGUUUACAUCUAUUUUCAUAUAUAUUACUAAAGUAACCCUUCAUGAAAUGUAAAAACAAAAACAUAAAAAAAACCAGAAUAAUCUACAUAUUCAAAAAUGUAUUGCUAAAGUAACUAUUAACUUCUCCUGUUUAUUUGCCAAGCAUAUGUUGAUUCCAGUUCAACUGACCAGUCUUUGUUUUAACAAAGCAAGUUAUGGGUGUAAUUUAUACUCCUGUAUUGUCAGUUUCUAUUUUGUCAUAUUCUAAACAGAUUUGUUUGUAUGCAGGUGGAUGGAAAACAGAAUCAAAACAUUUUACGUAACUUACAUUAUUUAUUUGUUGUUGUUAAUUGCUAUCAGUUAUAUUUAUGAGUAAUUUAAAUUGUUUUUAUGUGUACCUUUUAUGUUUAUUGUUAUAACACCUUAUACAUUCAUUUGCCAAUUUUGUUAGACUUAAUUUUUUAUGAACUUUUGACUUUUUUAAAUUGAUAUACAAAUGUAUUGGGAUCAGGUUGCAAACCAUUUCUGCACCAAAUUCCUCAUUUUAGAUUUAUACUUAUUUAAAAGAAAAGAAAAAAAAUCUCCUAUAUACAAUUAAAAUACUUAGUUCAUUAUAGAACAUUCACGGUUAUGGAACAACUUACUUGCAUGAAUAGAUAGCCAAUUGUCAAUUUCUGUCAUAUUUUUCAUUUUUAUCUUUUUACAUUAGUUUCAAAACGAUAUAACCAGUUUGACAUGAGGUUUUGUUAUUUAUCAAGUGUAUUAAUUUUAUGUUAUCAUAGUUGAAUUCUGUUUAGAAUAUAUUCUUAUUCCGUCUAUGAAUGGCAGCCAUUUUUAUAUUCAUGUUUACUGUCUGGCUCUUUAAACCAAAAAUAAAAAAUCUUAGAAAUACAAA